AUGCCGCGCCAGCCGCUCGCCUCUCCCCUGGAGCUCUACUGCUCCGUGGGUUUAUCCUCCGGCCAGAGAGGAGGGUGCCAGUAUUUGACAGUGGAUUGUGGGGCCGGAGCCGCAGCGCCAACAACAGCCGGCGCCGUUGGUGUGCGUCACCCUCGUACAGCAGGGACGGCAGCAGCAGGAGCAGAGGCCCCCUGCGUCGUCUCAGCAAAUCCCCCCUUCCCCAACAGCCCCUGCAGCACUCUACUGCUGCUUCCCACCUACCCAGCGCUCCCCCACAAACCCUGCCUCAGCGGCAGCACGUACACCCCAGCUUGUUGCGCCCAUGGGACGGAGAUCCUGCUGGGAUUUGUGGGGUCUCCACAAGGAGACACGGCAGCGGCGCUUUGGCUCCUCGGGGCAGGAGGCACCCGCGCGGAGCUCCCAAAGGUCGUCCACUCCGCCGCACCAGCAGCAGCAACAGCAACAAUAGCGACGAGGCCUCCCAAGAGACAGGAAUGGGGAGCGGCGACACCCGUAGUGGCAAGACAGAUCUCCCCCGUCUCCCCUGGAUCGGCUGCUGCAGCAGCAGCGGCCGCUGCUGCUGCAGCAGCCGACUCGCGCCUGCGAUGGCAGUUGCUCCGUCCGUGUCUGCUGCCAAGCCAGCUGAUCCCCGAGCGGCUGCAGCAGCAGCAGCAGCAACACUGCCCUGAGCAGGAGAUGGGAGAGGUGCUCCUGCAACAGGAAGAGGAGCUGGUUCUACGAAAUCAAGGUACCCAAGAAUUCCUGUCGUUGCAGCUCCUGCUGAAGCAGCAUCCGCUUCCGCUCCCGCAGCAGCAGCUGCAGCGCCGCGUUUGUUUGGUGGCUUCGCUCGCAUUCGAUUCACCGCCCGUCGCGCAGCAAACAGCGGCACCUGGGGUGUACGUACACUGCGGAUGGCGAAUGGAGCGGGCCGGCAUACGGCAUUGUCCUCCCUCCAUCAUGCGGCUUCCCGCUGCGCUUCUGUCCCCGCAUCCAUGGGAUGCCACCGCAGCAGCAGCUGAAGUGUGGGGUGGCUGCAGCAUAGCUGCGCUUUUGGAGCAGCACGGGCUUGCUGCUGCCGCUGCUGCAGUCCCCCCACCCCCCCCCUUGCCAAUGGAGGAUCAGCAGGAUCUUCUACUGCUACAGCAGCCCCCAGGCAGAGCCGACAACAAUAGAAGCAGCGUUCCAGAGGCUGCGGUGGUUGCGGCAGUGAAUUGGCUGCCUCAGCAGCUAGCCGCGGACUGGCCUUUACUGCCGCAUGCAACAAGGGAGCGGCUGCUGCUCGAGGAGUUGUUGUCGCUGCUGCUAGGUGUCGAUGGGGUGUUGCUGCGCGUAGUGCAGCAGCCAGCCGACGAGGCCCAGCAUCAGUCUGUCGCGCUGCAGCAGCAGCAAGACGCCCUGUUGUUGCUGAGGAGGUACCCUACGGACGAGCCACAACAGCAGCAGCAGCAACAGCAGCAACAGCAGCAGCAGCAGCUAGAAGUGCAUGCGUACAGCUUUGACAGCAGCAGAUGCUGCCUUCCUGCCCUGCCACGCUUCUCUGUGUGGCUGCACCCGUUGCUCCAGCAGGAAGCGGGGGGUUCCUCGGGUGGCCUGCAGUGUCUGCUGCGGCAGCUCGCAGCUGCCGCUGCAGAUAUUCGCUUGUUGCUGCAUGCGCAGCAAGUGGCAGGCUGUCGGACCGAGGAAAUCGGAGCAGUGGGAUCUGCGGACUGGACAGAGCAGACUCGAGAUCCCCUUUCGGAAGAUGGCGCGGGCAACAGCGGCGGCUUGGCGUGCUGGCCGUGGGAGUGGCAGGAACGCUUCACAGUGGAGUGGUCGGCAGUCCCCGCAGUGCUAAGGGCCUUUGCGCCUCAGAUCCUUCAAGUUGGAAGAAGCCUGCGGCUCCUUAGGGACUGUCGGAAGCCCUGCCCAGACUUGAGUCGCUUCUUCGCUGCUGCAGGAGGCGAGAGCAGCUCAUCUGCUCUCCUGCAGCCAGAGGCGUUGUCUGCCGCUCUGCCGGCGGCAGCAGGGGAAGCAUCUGCUGCAGUGUACGCACUGCUGCGCUCUCCCUUCGUCCUGGGAGAUCCCGAUGCAGCAGCAGCCGAGAUGCCGGCAGGCGCACAGGGAUUUGUGGGUGUGCUCAAGGGCCUUAGGGCUCUCUGCCUUGGAGGACGGGGAGACGUUUUUGCUGCCUUCCUAGGAUCGUGCGAUUCCACGCUUGAACAGCUGCACCCACAGCCUGUAGCUGCUGGCAGCGGUGGGAGAAGCCUAGAGAUGCAGCAGCAGCACCAACAGCAACAGCAGCUGCUGCAGCAGCUACAUCUGCUGGAGGGUCGGAUGGACGCUGCGAUCCGAAGCGUGCCCGAAUACGAAUGGCUGUGCGACGACUUGUCGCUUUCUCUGCACCCAAUUGCAAGUCUUUCUGAGGCAACACAACUGCUCCAUAGAGCCGCAACAAAGCCCCAGCUGUAUGCUCAGCUUCUCGCUGCUCCAAGGGAUCUAUUUGGCCUUCGAGACGCAGGACCUCACUUCCGUGCGGCGCUCAAGGCGAGGGGGCAGAUGGCGUACUUUGUCACAUGUCUGCUCUCCUACAUCUCCAACGAUGUGGUGGACGUUGAGUUCGGUCGGCUUUUGACCUUUUGCUGCCGCGGGAGCCCUAGCGCGGAGCUGCUGCAGCAGCAGCACCUAAAGUGCAUGCGCAGCAUCAGCAGCGCCUGCUUCCUGGAAAGCCCCACAACGCUGCAAAGCCUCAACAAGGCGCUCGCCGUUGUUCUCACCUUCGCCACACACACGCUGAAGUUAACUUCGCUCGCCACAAGGCCGCAGCUGCUUGCUGCUGCGGCGGACAGCCCGUCUGCUGCAGCUAGCGCUACGCUGAUGGGUGCCGAAGGCAGAGCCGCCGCAGAGGCCGCUACGGCAGCAGCAGCUGCUGCCGCUGCAGCAGCCAGCGAGGCUGGGGGCAGGUCGGAGGCAGCAGCAGCUGCCGCUGCAGAGCAGCAGCACCAGCAGCAGCGGCUACAGCAGCAGAGACGCAGAGAAAUUCGGCUGCAGAGCUUCCAGUGCGCGGUGGAAGCUGCCGGCUUCGGGUCCAUGGUGGGAACGGCGCAUGCAGCCUUUGUCGCCAGCCAAAGAGAGUUCGCAGGGCGACUGUACCGGUUGGUUCAGGGGACGACAGGGUCUGCCGCUGCACACUUGCUACAGCGGCUGGAGGUGGCCAUUGCUGCGGAUGACGAAAAGCAGGGGCCUUCAGGUGUAUCUUCACCCCUCGGCACUACUCCUCGUUGCGAGCUCCAGAGGGCCCUUUCUGCUGCUGCAGCCAGCACGUCUCCCACGCCUGUUGCAGAGGCACUCGCCGCGGCGAAGGCUGUGGGACGAAAGCCUUACUCAAACUUCGGCCGCCAACAGAAGCAGCAGCAGCAACAGCAGCAGCCCAGCGCCGCUUUGGCAAUGCCGCAGCUGCUUCAACUACAGCAGCAACAACGCGCAGUAACACAGCAAGCGCAGCAGCAGCAGCAGCCCCGCUUUCCUCGCGCUCCUGGAGCCGUUGCCGAUUCUUUGGGGGGCCCACCGCUGCAGCGAGGCGCAGCGACUGCUGCUGCUCCCCCUGCGAUUGCUGCCGCUCCCCCUGCGAUUGCUGCUGCUCCUAGGACUCACAGCAGCAGCAGACUGGCGUGGCCUACGCCUCCAAGGCCCCGCUCCGGUGCUGUGGCAACAGCGGCAGCAGCAUGUUCUCGCGGUAAAAGCGCAGCAGCAGCAGCAACGGCCGAAGUAAGGGGCUACAGCAGCAGCAGCAGCAGCAGCAGACUUCCCCUUGGACAGCAGCAGGGCACAGGUUCUUCCUCCGCCGCCCGCAGCAGCAGCACGAACCGCCUAUCCCGCAGCAGCAGCAGCAGCUUCAUUAGCGACUCUGAGGCCGAUGAAGAAGUAGCCCCCAGACAGGGAGCACGAGCAACGACAAGAGUAGAUCCUGCUGGUGUUGCUGAUAGUGACGCGCCUACGGAAGAGGCCUGGAGCGACGCCCCAACAGAACCCAGCGACGAAGAGCAGGAGGCUGAAGUGCACCAGCCGCAGCGGCGGCAGCAGCUGCCAUCAAUACACCCAACGCCGCUUUCUCAAGCCCAGGCGUUGCUCAGGCGUCUGCGCAAUCAGUGA